UCCGGAUAUCUAUCCGUUCCUUGACUUGUCCAUCAUGGCGUUGGAACUGCGUGUGCAAGUGUUUGAAGCGAAGGGCUUGCUGGACCGAGGGGGUCCAUUCACAAAGCAGAGUCCGUACUGCACCAUCAAGAUCGCUGGACAGAAGGUCAAGACGAAUGUGCACAUGAACGGCGGAUGCAAUCCCGUGUUCAACCAAGAGCUGGUCAUCCGCACCGUGACGGCGCACGACGACUUCCAGAUCGAGGUCAAGGGCUACCACACCAACAUCCCCAAGACGCACUUGGGUGUGUAUGGUAUAUCGCUCGAGCAUGCCAUCCAUGAAGGCCAUUUCGGUCGAAAGGCGUGGUUCCCGCUGAAGAACGUCAAGAAACCAGGCAAGGACGCCGGGCAAUUGCGCAUGCGGUUGGACAUUCGCAACGCUGCCUCGCUACCCGAGGAGAAAUCUCAGUCCGUCGACGUGCUUCGCAUAACCACCUCGCGGCGAUCCAUGGAUCCCAAUCUUGUCCCUAUCGGAGCGUCUCGGCGAUCCUCAACUCGCACCACCGUCGACAAGGCCAUUCGGUCCCCGCAGAAUCUGAAGGCCGGUUUCUCUGCCGGGGAACACGACGUCAGAUCCGACGGCUUUCGAAGGCUGUCCUUGGCGACUGCAGACGACGCUGGUGCUCCUCCACCUCCUCCCGCAAUCCAUAUCCCGUCGGGGGUAGCAUUACGACGAACUCUGUCCCGGGAUGAAGUCGACUGGACCGGCUACGAAGCGCUGCGGCCGUACUCCAAGUUUUAUGUCUACGCGUCGCAAGUGUCGAUCAUUCGGCAAGUGCACACGGACUACAUUCACACGGACUACAUGAAGACGGAGCUGGGCCAUUACGGCGGGGACAAGGUCAUGAUCACGAGCGCCAAGGUGCCGGCCGAGGGCGCGGCGCUGGUCAAGGAAGUGAUCGCGCUGAGCAAGGUAGAUUGCCCUCUGAUUUUGCCCUUUGUGGGGUUCUUCAUCGACCCGACAAAGGGCGGGCUGCACUGCAUCACAAACCACAGCCUGGCCAACCCCCCGACGCUGCUCAAGUACCUCCAGCGCAUGACCACGCGGCUCACUCUAAAGGAUAAGCUCGGGUUCGCCAUCGACGUGGCCGGCGCGUUAGUGUACAUGCACGCACUCGGAAUGAUGCACCGUGGCAUCAAGGCGGAGAACGUGAUGCUCACGGAGCGCAAGAAGGCCGUGCUGAGCGGGUUCGGGACGUGCCGCGACCGGUCGUACGACCAGACGCUGACCGUGGGGGUCGGCGACAUCCAGUGGUCGGCGCCCGAGAUGCUCGUGGACGGCGACUACGUGGAAAAGGUGGACGUGUACUCGUUCGGGGUACUGCUUGUGGAGAUCGAGACGUGCCGCACCCCGUUCGACGAGGCGAGCAAGGUCAUGACACGCAUGGACCUGACCAAAGCCAUCUUGAUGGGCAAGUUGCGCCCGACGCCUACGUCGGACUGUCCCGCGGGGCUCAAGAACUUGAUUCGGACAUGCUUGCAGCACGACCCAAGGCUUCGGCCGAGCAUGGAGCAAGCGCUGGCGAGUCUGCACGACGUCGUGGCGACCUUAUAACGUCAACCAAAUGUGUCG